AUGAGUAAGCGUCAGCGUGGGUCGGACGAAGCUGCCGUACGAAAAGCCAUAGAGCUCAUUUGUCAACGCCCUGCAAAACCGGAAGAAUUACAGUCAGCGGCAUUAACACCUCUGGAAAAACAAGUAGUGCAAUUGAAGGAGUCUGUCCCUGAAGAUGCAUUGUUGUUAGUGGCGUGUGGGUACAGAGUUAAAUUCUACGGACGGGAUAGUCGUGUGGCUAGUCGUCGUUUGGGUAUAAUGUGUAUUCGAACGACUCCAUUCGAGUACAGUAGUAUUCCUUAUGUUCGAGUCAAUUUAUAUAUUCACCGCCUUGUGGCUAUGGGGUAUCGUGUGGCUUUUGCCGAUCAAGAGAAUGCGUCCAUUCGAGCAAGUAAUGGAAAUGCGAAGGGCAUUUUCACCCGAGAGAUUUCACGUGUGUACAGUCGAGGGACACUUUUACCAUCGGAGGUGAUUGGAGAUUCCAAUGCAACCGCCAUCGCCUCUUCUGCCGCAGUGGAUACGUCAGAACAGACGGAUGUAGUGGAAGAAGAAGAGGAGGACAUACAUACUUCUGAUGUUCUUUGCACUUCACUUAAGGAAGCAUCAUCCGAGUUGUAUAUGUGUUUUUUAAAAGUCCCAUCAUUAUUAUUAUCAUCAUCAUCAUUAUCAUUAUCAUCAUCACAGACACCUGUUGCGAUGGAAGUUAAACUUGUUAGUUUUGUGACGUAUUCCGUAUCUUGCCAUCAUGUCACAACAGAGACGGAACUGUUGGAUGUAUUGCAGCGUCAUGAUAUUGUGGAAGUUAUUAUUUUUUCUGAAAAUUCCAUAGAAAAGAAAAGCCAAGAUAGAAACACAUCUCCUCUACAGUGUUUACCAGAGGGUUACGCUUCAGCUUUAAACACAAUUCUCCCACUACAUUUUGGUCCAACUUGUAAUGGGGAAGAAGAUGGCCGUUCAGUGACGGUAUGUGUAGAGAAGGGCGCUGGUACGAUGGAUGAGUUAAUUGCAAAAUACCUUGUACCAUAUAAACUUGAUAAAGUUUAUGAAAAAAUGUGCGCUUCUUGCGGUGAAUUAUUAUCAUCAUCAUCCUUAUCCUUAUCCUUAUUACAUGAUAACAAGGAAGGUAUUCAUAACAGUAAUGAAAAAAUGGAACUUCCAGGUAGUACAUUAAGUGCAUUGGAUGUUUUUUAUAGUAGUAUUGGUACCAAAGGUUCUCUGUUAGCUUUACUAGAUCACAAUCUUACUGUCCCUGGUGUACGGCGACUGCGAAUGUGGGUUGCAGCUCCACCAUGUGACUUGUGUACAAUCUUCUCUAGAAGAGAUGCGGUGUCCUUCUUACUACAAGGCAAAGAUGGAAAUACUAUAACGCAUCUAUUACGGGAAUGUGCAAAGUUUGGUGAUAUUGAGGCAACACUUGGAAAACUUCAAUCUAAACGAUGUACUAUCGCAGAAUAUCUUCAUUUGUUGCGGGCUGUAGCGACUACAUCUCAACUUGCUAGUGAUAUCCUCUCUGAAUCCACGGAGGAGAUCAACAAACUUAUUCAAGAAUUACUACUAAGUAUUACUUCUGUAGAUAUAACUAGUUUUUUACAAUCUUGUCAAUCUGAAGUGGAAUCUCAAGCUACCACUCCAUUAGACUAUUUUACAAAGUCUAAUGUUUCUCUUCCUACUACUAUGGAAAUUCAUGUAAAGGCUCGUGAUAACGCACUUCGUUGCCUUGAUGAGGAACUAGAAAAGAUUCGCUUAACAUUAAAUAUGCCAACUUUGGAAUAUCGUACAAUAGCAGGAACUUCUUUUAUUAUUGAUGUACCACAAGCGAAAUGUGAUCGAGCUCCAAAGGAAUGGUUAGUACUAACGAGAACUAAGAGUCAUGUGCGAUUUCAUACUCCUAAUAUUAUUAAUUUUAACAUAGAACUUUCCUCUGCAAAGGAGCGUCUUCUUAUUGCAGCGAAUGAGGCAUGGCAAGAGAAACAAGAACAAAUUGCGAAUUCAAGAGAAAUUUUAAAUAUAUUUCAGAAUGUCAUUAAUGUUGUUGCAACUCUUGAUGCUCUUCGUUCUCUUUCUGUAACCUCAUCUGCUCCUGGUUAUGUUGCCCCUGAAAUAUCAGAAGACACUCCAUAUCUUUCUAUUAUAAAUGGUCGUCAUCCUGUACUUGAUAAGAUCAUGCGUGGUGGUUAUGUGGGUUGUAGUGUGCGGUUGUCAAGAGGCGGUGCGUGGAUAUUGACAGGCCCAAACAUGGGCGGUAAAUCAGCACUCAUGCGAAUGGUUGGUGUGUUUGUUGUGAUGGCUCAAUUGGGCUGUUAUGUUCCCGCAACGGCCGCGCAAUUACCACUUUUCAAAGCGAUUUAUUGCCGUAUGGGGGCGAGUGACUCUUUGUUGGAGGGCGCCUCUACAUUUCUGAAGGAAAUGGAGGAGACAAGCCGCAUUCUACGAUCCCCGUUUGUAUCAUCUUCAUUAGUGUUGUUGGAUGAAGUUGGGAGGGGAACCAGCAGUUUUGAUGGGAUCGCCGUGGCUGCGGCAACACUGGAGUAUCUUCUGCAGCGGAAGGCCACCACUUUGUUUGUAACGCACUAUUCACAUCUGUGUGAGCCGUACGUGAAUGGGGCAUCCGGGGAACACGUGGACUGCUACUACAUGGGCUUCCGUGAAGAAAAGAACACCAACACUAAUAAUAAUAAUAAUAAUAAUAACAAUAACAAUGAUGAUGAUAAUAAGAUUGAUAAAGUGAAGGAAGAAAAUGGAACUAAUAAUAAUACUAAUAGUCAUAGUGAUAAUAAUAAUAAUAACACGGUGGAGGCGUCAAAUUUAGUGUUCACAUAUCAACCAACACGAGGUAUCACACCAUCAAGUUUUGGAGUGCGAGUUGCGCAGAUGGCGGGCCUUCCUUCUGCUGUUGUCGCAGAGGCACAACGACUGAGUGCACUGGAAGAAAAGGAACAGACCGCACGUGUGGCUUUAAUGCAACUACGACGUUUCGUUACGGCCUCUUCUUUUUAA